UCACUUCUCUCGGGAGCACCGAGCUUCACUUGUCACUGCGCCGAAUACGUCACAUCCUUGCGACGGCUAUAUGAGUAGGUCGGCCGGAGCCGAAUAGCUCUAUAUUUACAUGGCGUUGCGGGAUAUUUAAACAGCAAGCCGGGACUGUUGUAUUUGCGAUGCUGUGUAAACGGUACUGUUGGGCAAUAUGAUGUGCAGGCAACCUUGAAAAAUGACUAUCACUGAAGGACUUGUGAUCCUGGAGUUUUACUUCAUUCAUUUAUAAUAUCAGGUCUUUUGUUUAAGACUAGUAAGAUGUUUGACAAGAGAAAACCGUCCGAGGAAGGUUCACCGGCUUCACAACGUGGUGUAGAUAACAAAGACACAGAGGAAGAACAUAUUAAGACUGAAAGCAUCAGCAGUGAAAAUGCACAAAUUACAGUGCAUUCUGGAAACAGUGCACCUCCAGGCCAUUACAGACAAGGGUACUGCAACUGCUGCCAGGUUCACUACAUCAACUUGGAAAUGCACCUUGAAAGUGAGCAGCACAGACAGAUAUCAACUUGCAACAGGAAUCGACUUAGUGCCGGAAUACUAAUGGACCGCUUCUUGCAGGAUGUUCAUCUCUAUCAUCCACAAAAUUACCAUGACAGUAGGCCAACAUAUGAUGACAUGCCAGAUGUUAUUCUACUUCCUUGUUUCGAAGAAAAGAGAUCUGACUCAUUGUCUCCUCAUCACAUCCUGAAAAAUGAUCUUAUUAAUAUUAGUGAUGAGCUACCCAGAUUAGAACCAGAGAAUAUUCUUACGUCACAUACUGCCAGUGAAUUUCAAAAAUGCAGUUUGAAGAUCCCUUUUACACAAACAGUUAUUGAAAAGCACGGAAAGGAGCAAUUUUCCGUAGCAGUAAAAACUCACAACAAGUGUACUCUGAAUAUUAGGCAGGAAGACUUAAGCUCGACUGUAAGUAUCAUACCUCACAGACUCCCUAUUUGCACUUUACCAAUUUCUUCAUAUAGCUCACUGCCAUCAAAACAUAGGAGUUUUGAUACACCACAUGCUCCGUUAUAUUCUUCACCCACAAAAAACAGUUUUUCAGAUUGUAAGGCAUAUGAAAUGUUGACAAAGUGCCCAAGUCCUGAAGUGACCCCAAGUUCAACUGGCAAUUUCCAAAAGAAACAUUUGAACAUUUUUAACAUGGACUCCACUUCAUCUUGUGGGAAACAAAUUCCCACUCUCAGGAAUCCUGUAUUGAGGAGUCCCCUGGAAACACAUGACAGUAUUAGGAAGAACAUCCAGUCCCAAUGCCAAGCAUCAGUUUCAAGUGAAGGUGAAAGAAACACAGUGGAUAAAAUUAUUGAAGAAGUUAUCAGAAGGCAUUGCCAUGGAAUUGCAUGUGAUGAUUUGCCUGGAAAUGAUAAUGAAAGUGUUUCAUCCAUCAACAUUAAGUCAUUACUUGGCUGCACUGAUAGUUCAAGUUUAAGUUUUGACUGGAAUGCACAACUGCAAUCAGAAGAAGAUAAAUCAAAGGCUGUUGUGAAAAAUCUGGAUAUGCUGAGAGCAGUUAAUGUGAAACUUAAUGAAGAUUAUAAAUCAAAGUUAACAUCUGUACUAAAUGCAUGCCCAUUAAAGAAAUUAAAAGAUGUAACAGCUAAAAGGGAAGAAGUAAUUCUUCCAGCCCUUCCUCAUGUGCCUCCAUCUUUUAUUGGUAAAACAUGGUCACAAAUAAUGUAUGAAGAUGAUCUGAAAAUUGAAGCUCUUGUUAAGCAGUUUAGGAAAGGAAAAUUCCAUUGCUACUUUGAAAGUGAUUCUGUGUCCAAUUGUAACAGAAAGAUAAAAACUAAAAUGAAUCCCGAGGAGAGUGAAAUUAACAUUAAAGACCAAAAACAAGAUUUUAAUCAGCUGGAAGCAUCACUUGAAUUGCCCAUUGUUAUUGAUGCCCCUUGUGAAGAUGAUGAUUGUGACGUUUCCUCAUUCAAACAUGAAUCUAUUUUAAGACCAAAUCUAAGUAAACCUGCUAGAAGAACAUGGAGGCUGGCAUCAAGAUGUCAAAUAGUUAAGGUUAGUCAUGGCACUCAAACAAGCUUAGUCAACUAUCCAGUAGUUAAGCGAAAAUGUAUCGAGAAUGAAUCCCAUGACAGAGGCCAACAUAUUGAUGAUUUUGAAGCAGAAAGAACCCCAGAUAUGAAAACUAAAAUGUGUGCUCUUAAGCUUCCCGAAUCAUAUACCAAAAUUUUAACUCCUGUACAGCCCAAGACUAUGGUGUACGUUCUGUCUUAUCCUGAUUCAAGGCUCUACAGUGUAAAACCAGUUUCUGCUUUAAAGAAAGCUCGAAACCAGUGUUCCACUGACAGCAGGGACCCUGUUAUUUAUAAGUAUAAACAGUCACCGCUGAAGUAUUAUGAUCCAAUAACGAACCGCAUCCUUAAAACACCUCCAAAUAAUUCUGUGAGAGGAUUGGGUACCAAAGGCCCAUGUGUUCGAAAACUGUUCAGAAGCCUGAGUAGUGAUGUAAAUGUUGAUAAAUUAGACACCGAACAGAAAGAUUCAACUGCUUCUAAGAAAUCUUUCAGUACCUCUUCUGUUACAUCUUUCUACCUUGAUUCUGUUAAAGGAAAAGAUACAAACUCAAGUUUAAAAGGAAGUGGAACAUCUGUUAGCACAGAAUUAUCUGAUUGUCUGAAGUCUGUAAAUCCUGAUAAGCCAUAUGGACACAUUCCCGUUUCACCCUGCAAUGUCAGUCUUAUCAAGGACAAAAAAGACAUCCUAUCAGCUACUAAGACUAAAACUCCUCCCUCUAAGCCCAAGAGGGGUUCGUUGCUCCAGAGAAGAAAUGUAAAAAAAUCAAAAUGUAAGAUGAAUCAACAUACAGAAUCAAAAUAUGCCACAAAUUCUAAGCUUGCAGAACAAGGAUUGGUAAGCUAUAAGAGAAGACUAGAACAAGACCAGGUAUCCGGAGAUAAGCGUAAAAAAAGCAAUUCAUUUUCACUCUUAAAGUCAUCACUGCCUCUUGUAAAGGCAUAUAGACCAAGGCCAAAGACUGUGAAUAAAGGUCGUAUGAACAAGCCGCCUGCCAGUAAACACGUGAAAACCUCUGUAAAAUCCAGACUUGUUUCACAAACUCGCUCUAAGAGGAACCAAAAUACAUAUGUAGAAACAUGGAAAACUUCUGGGCCCAAUAAAUCUAAAGGUAGAAACAAUGAGGACCUUAGUAACAAUAGAGCCUCUAAACAAAAUCCAAAUAAACUGUUGCCGUAUAGUUUGCGUAAAAACAAAAGCAGAGUUACAGCUUCUACUACCAGAACCAACAGAAAACAAGUUAAAAGGAAACGAAGUGGAUAAUGAUGCUGCUAUUCGCAUCUUGAGUACAAUGUUUUUUUUUAAAAAUAAUAACGUGGACCAUACAAGCUGAACGCUGUGUUUUUGAAAAACGGGUAUCAUGGUAUUUUUUAUACACAUUUAGUAUUUGAAAUACAAAUUCUUUGCUAAAUUCCAAAUGUGUUAUUUCAUAGAUUGGCAUCUACUUUACUUCACUAUGGAGAUUUGUUCAACAGUAGUAUUUCUAAGUUCGUCAGGUAAUGUGGCCUGGAAAUGACAAUUUCAACCAGUGCAGAAUAAUUGGCAUUAAUGCCAAAUUCAUGUCACUCUGCAAAUAUGGUGAAUUUCAGCCUGCAAAUGCAUACGUUUUUGAGCCAAAAUCCUCUGUAUGUGCAGUGACAGGCUGUUUCAUUAACAGUAGCAGUCUGCGCUUACAGUAUUGGCAUUUUUUAUGCUAGGAGAAAUCCGCCUUGGAGUAAAAUGUUAUACAUAACUGCAAGCAUGAACCAAGAAUAUAAACAAAUUCUACUGUUAGACUACCCACUAUAGCAGUAUUUUGACCUAAGUAAGUCAUUCUGUAGGCCAAACAUAUUGUGUUUAAAUAAGUGUGUAUUUAAAAUCAUUUCAUUAUUAUCCAGACAAAUCAAUGUUCUGCUAUUUUAAUACAUUAUAGGAUCUCUUAUACGGACAUUUCAGGACCUGAAUCUAGCUCUGCUAAAAUUGGCAAAAGCCACAGCAGCCAAGGACAAAAUGUUACUAAAGAAGAUGUAAGUAUAUAUAAUGCACAAACAAAAGAAGCACUUCUAACUAGUUAUAUCUGAUUAUUUUAUAAAGAUAUUAUAGUUAUAAUGUAAGAAUAUAAAACUAGUUUGAAGUGAAGGUGGUAUUUGUGGAUUAUAUGUUGAUCUCGGCAAGAGAGCUGAAGUUGUGCAAGGGGAAAUUUUCUUGAACAUUUAUUCAUUUUAUUUCUUUUAUUUAUAUUUUUAGCUUUGUAGGCCACAAUGGAUGAUUUAAUUGUUGGCCCUAAGCCAGCUAUCGGAUAGGCCAAUUUUGGCCCAGCUUCAUCAAAUGAGUAGAUCUAGCUAUGUAUUUGCACCUUCAGUUCUGACUCAGGUUAUCUGCUUGGAGCAAGCGAUGUUUAUCUGGUGCAUGUCUGUUAACCUUGUAGAGAGAUCUUUACUUUUCCUUACACAUGUUCAAUGUAGCCUGCAUAAUGCAGUACAUUUUAAUGAAUAUGAGUUUGUGUAGCCAUAGAGUGGGUAAUGAUGCUGCAAUAAAGACCCACUGCGCUAAGGCUUGGGACAAAUUAAGGUCUGCUGUUCUGAAGCAGCUAUCUUUGUGUCCUUGUGUUGAGCCUUUGCUGACCGCAGCAGGAAGUCAAGCCCGGAUUGAUUGGCUAUAUUAAGUAUUGGAACUCUUUGAUCUUUUAUAUUUUGAUGUGCAGAGGUGAUCACAGGUUGUGUUUUUUUUUUUUAGCAAGUACUAGCUGUUGCUUGGGAAUGCUGGCUGAUUACAUUUUUGCCCACCUUACUGCACUAUAGCAGCUGAUUUGGGAAUGCUGAAUAGCACGUAGAGAAUCAUUUGGCACUUAAGCAGUGGAUGAAAAACUUUCAUCUGGACCCCCAGCCUACUGGAAUAAUGCUUAUUGUAUAUUACUGUAGCUAGGUAUCUUAUUCUAGAAAGAGCAUCUGUAUCAGUGCUUUACCUAUUAGAUUCAGCUAUUGACUAAAAGUCCUUUUUUGGGGACAUGACUUACAGGUCAUAUUGACAACCAUUGGUGUUCAUAUUUGAGUCUUCUAGCAUAUUUAUACAGAUAGUGUGUUAGAUGUAGCCUGUGGCAAACCAUAAUGCAGAACAUUAAGCCCAGUCUUGUGUGUUUUCUACGGCUUAGAUGAACAACAAACUUUAAAUUGUAUUUGUAGGCUUUCAUGUCAGCUUACUAAUUUUGGCUAUUCGUUUUUCUCCUCUUAAUAUUUUAGAAGAAAGAAUCACUGGUUACAAGUGUUGUUCAAAACAUUAAGGGGCACAUUGAUCAAAAUUUGAGUUUGUGGGGAAAAAAGACUUGGAAAAAAAUAACUGACAAAAACCUGUGCAACCUUUCUUCUUGAAUGCUAGUUUAUUUAAUACAAAAUUGCAACGGAAUAUUCAUGUGCACAUUUUGUCUGGGGAAAAAGUGAAAAAGUCUCACACUGGUGAGAAUCACAUUUUUCCAUUCAUUUUUAAUGGCUAAAAAACUGGUAAAAUAAGUAAAGUUGACUUCUUCGAACCUUGUCAUCUUUUACUUUACGACUUUUUGCAGCAAAUACAGAGCAUAAACCAGACUAUUUAUGGUUCCUAAGAACAUUCUUGAGUAUAUUCGCAUUCACAUUUUAUUGUAUUUUUUCCUCGAAGUGUGAAAAAAACCACAAACUCAAGUUUUGAUCAGUUGCCCACUAAGAGUUAUGGCACAUGUGUUGUGUUAGUCGAUGCUACAUGUGGUGAAAAUUAUGCUACCCACCACAUAUUGUCCCCCGUUAACUAAAGAAAAAGCUACCGGUCACUCUGGACAAUUAUUAUUACUAAAAUCAGUGCCUAUAAGUGAAUGGGGAGCAAUCACAGCAGGGAUCAGCAUUUUGCUUGCUGCUACAAGUAACAUCCUUUACUGUUCUGCAUGUUCGUUUGCCUUUAACUAUUCGUAAGUUCAGAUUGGCACAUAAAGUAGAAGUACAGAAAUGAGUAUACAGCUAUGCCAUUCCAAAUAGCCACAGUCAGCCACUUUAGAGUGACAUAAGCAUGGUGGGAAGGCCAUCAGUAAUCACCAAGUGGCAAGUGUCUCUCUUCUGCUUCCUAUGCGGUUUAAAUGUUUAGCCUGUAAAUGCUCAUACUUGGUCCAAAGGCAGCUGAUCUGACCCAUUACAAGAAUGUUGUUAUAUGAACAAGCUUAGAGUUGUCUGCAUAUUUCAUUGUGCAUUAUACUAGCACAUCAUUUUUUGCAGUUUAGUGUUCUGAAUAUUUAAAGCUAGUACAAAAUACCAGUCUCCUUAUUUUCAUUGCAAUAUAAGAACAAAAAUGAAAAACACACCUCUUUGGUUAUGACAGGGUAAACACAUAAAUUAAUUUUUUUUUAUUUUGUUCCUGCCAUUGUGCCUUCUUAAUGACCCUGCACUUUGACAAUCACCUAAUUAUGGAAUUAGGCAGUAAU